CGUAUAAACGAGCGCCAGCAUGUUAGCAUGUCAAUUCCGGGUACAAUUACUUUUGUCAUACAUAUACAAUGGGCGACGACGAUUUAUUCAGUAUUAAUUACACUUUCCGUCGAACAGACAACGCCCGAGUACGCGAAUAUCACGUACACGAUUUACGAGCAUAUCUCCGAGUGAUUCAAGUGCCAGUCUCGACCAGAAGCGAUAGAUUCGCGUAUAAUGUAUUUAUUUUAUUGUUUUCUAAUUUAAUUAUUAUCAUAAAAAUGCGUUAUAAACAAUAGCAACGAUUCCGGCAUAAUUUCAUUAAAUUCAUAAAAAUUGCAUUUUCUUGCACGCUAUACAUGUAAGCGUAAUCAUUUGGUGAGCGUAACAACGCUUUAAUUACUUAAAUUCGAUUAAUUAAUUAAUUAGCGCAAAUAGCGCAUUAACGUCAUCUCAUUGGCUGACGCAUGAGAUGAAAAGCGAACGCACCGGAAUCGAUGCUGGAAAUCCUCCUUACUAUCGUUACUAGGAUUUCCGGAACGCGCAGGCGAUCCGGAAAUACCGAGAGAGCGCGAGCGAUAGUGUGAAAGAGAUAACCGCUCGACGCUUCCCGAUUGGCCAGAGACAUCAGAUAUAACUGAAAGCGCCAAUCGGAAGGCGCCGAGUGGGGGAUGCAUGAGAGCAUGCAGCGAUCGUGUUGUAACGACCAAAAAAAGUCUGCCACGAGAUUUCGACGAGAGCGGACGUGGUGCGAGAACGCGUUUCGCGCGUAAUCGAAUCUCGUUAAUUAAUUAGAGUCAGAAUCGGAAGUGCGUGAAUUAAAUACGUGCGAUACCAUUCCGGUUACACUCUGAGCAGGCAUUUCCGCGUAGUGCGAACGUGCGCGUUAAAUACAUCGCAUUACAUCACACGCCGGGCGUUGCCAUGCGAGAAGCUUCGACCCGCGCAUAAGUGAUUACAGCCGCACGCGUAAUACGCGUCUGCCGAUCGUGCACGCGAGUGUGUGUGAGCUUGUGAAAUGCGUUAAUUCGCAAUAAAGCAGAGUAAUUGUGUAUGUGCUGUGUUAUCAUUCUUCCUAUACCCACGCAUGGGCGAGUCCAUUCGGAAACGGCCAUCUUCUCAUACCGCGUGGCAACAGCAGUCAAAGCGACCUGUUGCGUCAUCCCGGGACAUCCCCAGCGUAAACACAGAGGACAUCUUCGAGAGCGGCGAGACGUCCACAACCGAAAUCAGAGUCUUGAGGAAAAUAUCAUCUACGCUCAAGGGCGAGACCACAUCCUGGCGGCGGGAGAGUACACCGACCUGGCGACCGUUAUAACGUUUUUCCGCCAGCAGAAGCCGACGCUGCUACGAUCCGAGACAUCCGAGUUAGCGUUGCAAGGAUGGACGAGACGCUGAAAACGAUGCCGAUGACAAAGUCAACGCCGACGCCGAGGACUUCACCGACGCCGACGCCGAGACCAACGCCGAGGACAUCACCGACGCCGACGCCGACUCCGACGCCCGAUUCGGGCGAACUAACGCCGAUGGCAAGCCAGGCACCGGCGGACGAGCCGAGCGACGAUGAGUCACCGGUCCCGCCGAGUCAGCCGGCAGCCCGACUCAACGGAGGGGACGAGGGAGAAACCACCGUUCCCCCGGCAGGACGUUACGUCACGCUGUGACUCUCAUAACGCGAAACUCAGUGCGCGUGAAACAGUUAUCCGUGUGAUAUUAGUUGUUAAGCAUAUAUAGAUACAUAGUGUAAAGCGUGCGUUAGGUUAAGCAUAUUAAUUAUUAAGUUAGAGUAGUGUAAAUACUCGCAGCGGCGAGACCGCGUGUUAUAGUAUAUAUAUAUAGUUUUCAUUACAUUUGAUAUUCAAGUAUAUUCAUAAAUAUUCUCUAUAUUCUCUAUUGUUUGUGCAGCGGCAAAUACCGCAUACGUUAUAAAUAACGUUAGAUUUGUCUAUAUAUUAUUAUAUUACAUUCUAUAGUUUGUAUUCCUUACUAGAGUUAAAGUCACUUAGUAAUUGUGAUAAUGUUUAUUAUUAUAGCGGCAAGAGAACCGCAUAUUUCUCACAUGAUGUUAAAUUCAUUUAUGUUUUAUUUUGGUCAUUGUAAUUAUUGUAAUUCAUAUAUUUGUUAAACUGUAUGUCGCGAUAGCGAGCGGCAUGUCGCGAGCGCGACAGAGCGCAUAUUAUAUUUUAUAUUCCGUCGUAAUGACAUUUAUUUCUUUAUGUGCAUGUUAAAUAAACACAGUAUAGCCCGAUUAUCGCAUUCCGGUCGUAUGCGCCGAGCCGUGCGAGCGUGCGUGUAUGGAAAGGAGUGUGUGGCAUGUGUGCGUGCAUUAAAAUUUUAUAUGAUAUAUAUUAACAUGUUAAACGGCACAGCCGGAAUAAAUUAUAUCCAUUGCAUGU